CUUCGGUACAAUUCCUUUCCAGGGGCUUCGUUUACUCCCCUCCUCUCCUCAAGUCGAUAUAACGACGUUCUACGUCUGAUCCGCGAGGAGACAAUCGACUGUCGUUAGCUACCUGUUACUUCUCUGAUGAUACACUCCCACCCGAACCGGAAACCAAGAAGAACGAAUAAGCGAUCAUGGCGAGCAUUCCCAAGGGCCUCAAGGCCGUCCUAUCCAAAGCGCCCACAGACACCGUGAUCCUCUCCUCGCUCCGCACCCCGAUCUGCCGGGCCUACAAAGGCCAACUCAGAGACGCCUUUCCCGAAGAGCUGCUCUCGGUCGUCCUCAAAGCCACGUUGGAUGCAAACCCGAAUCUCAAUCCCUCCGAGAUCGAAGACGUCGCCGUCGGCGUCGUCCUCUCCGAAUUAGGCGGGAGUAAAGCAGGCCGCAUGGCGAUGAACCACGUCGGCUACCCCACCUCCACAUCCUUCUACACCGUGAACCGCGCCUGCAGCAGUUCGCUACAGUCCAUCGCGGGUGUAUCUGCGCAAAUCGCCACGGGGAUGAUCUCCGUGGGCAUCGGGGCCGGCACAGAGCACAUGACGCGGAACUAUGGGAGUCGCGCGAUACCGACGGAUCUAUGGCCCGCGCUCCGGCAUAGCGAGAACAGACACGCACGGGAUUGCAUCAUGCCGAUGGGGGAAACGAGCGAGAACGUCGCGAAAAGGAAGGGCGUGUCGCGCGCCGACCAAGACGCCUUCGCCCUGGAAUCGCAUUUGCGCGCCGCGCGGGCCCGGGAAUCAGGGGCCUUCGACGCGGAGAUCGUGCCAGUGCACACGCGCUUCGAACCAGUCGACGCAUCGGGCGCAAAGACGGGGGAGCAGAAUCCCAUCGUAGUGAGCUCCGACGACGGGAUCCGGGCCAACGUGACGCUGGAAGCGCUAGCCAAGCUGAAGCCAGCGUUCGCAAAAGACGGGACGAGCACGGCGGGGAACUCGUCCCAGGUGUCGGACGGCGCGGCCGCGACGCUCCUGAUGCGUCGCAGCACGGCCACCGCGCUCGGACUGGGAGGUAGUAUACUGGGGAAAUUCGUGGGCGCGAAGACGGUGGGCUGCGACCCCGACGAGAUGGGCGUCGGGCCCGCGAUCGCGAUCCCCGCGCUGUUGAAAUCUCUCGGGUUGGAGAAGAGCGAGGUCGAUAGGUGGGAGAUCAACGAGGCGUUUGCGAGUCAGGCGAUUUAUUGCCUGAGGGAAUUAGGCCUUGAAGAGGAUUGGGUUAAGGGCAAGGUUAAUCCUGAUGGGGGCGCGAUUGCACUUGGGCAUCCCCUUGGUGCGACUGGUGCGAGGAUGACGAGUACGCUUUUGCAUGGGCUUGGACGCACGGGGGGGCAGGUGGGUGUUGUGAGUAUGUGCGUUGGCACCGGGAUGGGGAUGGCGGGUUUGUUUGUUAGGGAAUAGGGGUGUGUGGUUACGUUAAUAGUUAUGAUGAAAUGAUGAAACGGAUACCCUCCGGUUACGCGAUCUUGUGGUGUCUUGUCUUGUGAGGUGAGAAUAUCUAUCAUAUGCUAAGAACGACUGUGUUUUAUUCCACCUAUCUAGCAGGAUCGUGAGGUAGGUGCUCUAAAGUUAUUGUCUUUUUAUUGUUCAAUCAUAUGUCUUAAGAUAGAGUACCUAAAAAACUUCGAGCAAUAUUCAUUUUGCGUAGUUAGCAUACUCUGGCUA